UAGACGCAGCGUGCGCAAAGAGCCGGAAAGCGGUGUGUUUUGGACAGGAGGAGGUCAUCAGAAAGUGAGGCGUGCCUCCUGCAGUUUUGACAGAUUUUCUUGAUGCAGGUGUAAGAUAAUUACAUUAGUUUUAACUCUGCGUAGUGCUUCGACUGCUCCGAUAUGCUUCGUUUAAUCCUGCGGCUCAGGCCGUUCGCCGGGCUCCCACGUCCGUGUCCUCCGGCGCGGCCUGGUGCUUCUGCCAUCGGCUCCCGAUGCCUGUCUGGAACCGGUUGUGCGAGGCGGCUACACCGCGUCGCUGGGUCCAGGGCUGUAUGCUUCAGUCACGGGGGAGCUCUGAUGCGGUGUCCUCAGCUGGCUGGUAGCUGUCAGGGCAAACGUUUCUACAGCCUGCCGCCGCACCAAAAGGUGGAGCUGCCGGCACUAUCACCCACUAUGCAGACUGGAACUAUCGCUCGGUGGGAAAAGAAGGAGGGAGACAAAAUCGGCGAGGGUGACCUUAUUGCUGAGGUAGAGACUGACAAGGCCACAGUGGGUUUUGAGAUGCUGGAGGAGUGCUAUUUAGCCAAAAUCCUUGUCCCUGAAGGGACCAGAGAUGUGAACAUUGGAUCAGUAAUUUGCAUCACUGUUGAUAGCCCAGACCUCAUUCCAGCUUUUAAGGACAUUACAUUGGACUCCCUUUCUUCAGCUGUGGCAGCUGCUCCAUCAACCGCCUCCUCUCCUCCUCCUGCUCCUACAGCUGCAGCGGCCGCUUCUGCACCUCCCGCAGCCCCAGGCAGCUCCUACCCAACACACUUGAAGAUCACACUUCCUGCUCUCUCUCCCACCAUGACGAUGGGCACAGUGCAGCGCUGGGAAAAGAAGGUGGGAGAGAAGCUCAACGAGGGAGAUCUGCUGGCCGAGAUUGAGACGGACAAGGCAACAAUCGGCUUUGAGGUCCAGGAGGAGGGAUAUCUGGCUAAAAUCAUGGUGACAGAGGGCACACGCGAUGUUCCGUUAGGAAUGCCACUCUGCAUCAUUGUAGAGAAGGAGAGUGACAUUGCUGCCUUCAAGGACUAUGUGGAAACGGGCGUGGCAGAUGUCUCAACACCUCCACCUGCUCCAGCACCAGCAGCAGCACCUGUGGCUGCAGCACCUAUUCCUGUUUCCACACCUGCUGCAGCGCCGCCUGCAGCCAUGGGGCCCAGGAAAGGACGUGUGUUCGCCAGCCCACUGGCAAAGAAACUAGCGGCAGAGAAAGGCUUUGACUUGGCACAGAUCAGCGGUUCUGGCCCUGAUGGACGCAUUACCAGGAAAGACAUUGAGACUUUUGUCCCUCCAAAGACCGCACCAGCUGCUCCCACUCCAACUGUAGCUCCAGCUGCUCCUGCACCUGCUGCAGCCCCUGCCGCAGCAGCCGGGACCUUCACAGACAUACCUAUUAGCAAUAUCCGCAAGGUCAUCGCUCAGAGACUGAUGCAAUCCAAGCAAACUAUCCCUCACUAUUACCUGUCUGUAGAUGUCGCCAUGGACCAAGUGAUGGAGCUUAGAAAAGAACUCAAUGAGGAGGUGAAAGUCCGCAGUCUCAAGCUAAGUGUCAAUGACUUCAUCAUAAAAGCCAGCGCUCUGGCCUGCCUCAAGGUUCCAGAGUGUAACUCCUCCUGGAUGGACACUGUCAUCCGCCAGAACCAUGUGGUGGACGUAAGUGUGGCAGUGAGCACCGCCAAUGGCCUCAUCACGCCCAUCGUGUUUAACGCCCACACCAAAGGCCUGGUAGCUAUCAGCGUCGACGUGUCUUCCCUCGCCGCCAAAGCGCGGGACGGCAAACUACAGCCGCAUGAAUUUCAGGGAGGUACCUUCACCAUUUCAAACCUGGGGAUGUUUGGCGUCAAGAACUUCUCCGCCAUCAUCAACCCGCCUCAGUCCUGCAUCCUCGCUGUGGGUGGCUCUGAAAAACGCCUAAUGCCUGCCGACAAUGAGAGAGGCUUCGACGUUGCCAGCAUAAUGUCAGUGACGCUGAGCUGCGACCACCGGGUGGUAGACGGCGCCGUGGGCGCCCAAUGGCUCGCUGAAUUUCGCAAGUUCCUGGAGAAGCCCGUCACCAUGCUCUUGUGAGCGGACUGCAAACUGCAACCACAGAGGUGAUCUGAUUGGAUCCUCCUGAUCCACCAGCAGGUCACCCCCUCUGUUACCCUGAACACAAGGCAACAGAGGUGGAUGCAAGGGGGAGGGAGGGGCAGCCCUCCACUUUUCUGUCUUUUUCACUUUCUCUCUCCCACUCUCUAAUUCUAUUUAUUAAAACUCCAGAACAAGAAUUAUACCAGCAAACAGACUGGCCUCUAAAAAAGAUGUGGAAAUGUUACACAGAUCAGAUUUAAACGGUUGUGUGUGUCUAUGUUAUAUAAAGGCAAACAGGAAGUGAAGCUGGUUGUGUGUGACUUGCUUGCACACUACAGGAUGGAGGCAAGUGUUAAGAUAGACACACAUUGUAACACAUUGUGUCUCCAGCAUUGUGCUGUGAUUGACAAAUGGAGGAAUGAUAACACUCUCCUCAAAUCCAAUUUAUUAUAACUGUGCAGCCCCCGACCUUUAGAAAGUACUGAACAUGUUUGCCAAUCCUUUUCUGCUCCAUGUUCACUUUGUAGUCUCGCAGUCCGAUAACAACCUGUCCUUCACACAGCUCAAACGCACAAAGCUACCGCUGGAUGUUUCUUUUAAAUAAACUAAAGAAGAAGAAGUCAA